AUGCAUUUAUCAAAAGGUCUCAAUAAACUCAACUUGGACUCAAUAGCACCAGACUUGAACUUGCCAUUUCCUAAUAACAACCACAACCAUACAUAUUCGAAACCAAACAAGCCCAACAAACCUCCAAUAUUCAACAAUACAACUUCUAUGGGUGGUAUAGGCUCUGAUGAAUUAGAUGAAACUCCACCACCUUCCGUUUUGAAAAAUAUUGAUUAUGAUUAUUUGGAAAAACAUUUUCAAAUUUACAAAUAUUACCCAUCAUAUGUUCAUAAUGAUGAAAUUAGGACUCCCGAGUUGAAAGACUUGAUUAUUGAUAAACCUAUUUACAAUGAAGCUAACAAACAUGUGAAACGUAAAAAGAGAAAAAGUGUUAAACAAAAGCAAGAGGAAAAGGUGGAUAAGAAAGCAUUACAACAAGCAAGAGAGUUGAGAAAAGAGCAACGUCAAGAGAGACAGGAAUUACGAAAAGAACAAAGAGAUGAAAGGAAAGAGUUGAAGCAAAAGCAGAAACUGCAGCUGCAGCUGAUGAAAAAGAGCUAUUCUGGUCAUUACAUGAACAAGGUGAAUAGUUUAAAUUCUGCCAACGGUGGUAGUAAUGAUGUUGGAGCUACUCAUGGAGUCAAUCCUUAUCAAAUGAAGACUCAAUUUAGCAACAAUACUACCAAUAGUAAUCAGGGACAUGGUGGUACCGAUGAUUAUUACUGGAACAAAAAUCAACCAAUUUCUAGAGCCAAUUCGCAAUUUAACUACAACUACAACAACCACAACAACUUUACCACCAAUAUGAAGAAAGUAGGUUCUUCGUCCACUCCUUCUUCUUCAGAUGAUGAUGGUCCAGAUUGUGCAGAAUUAGAUCCUACUGCAAUGGGAAGAAUGGGUAGUAUUGGAGGCGGUGGUGGUUACGAUUCAGAAAGAACUGAAGUUGCCGAUGAAUUUGAUGAUGAUGCUAUUGCAUUCAAUAAUCCAUUUGAUUUUGGUAAGAAAUUGUCAACUACUGGCACUGCCAUCAAGGAAGAAGGAGGUAUUGCACCUGUUUCUUCAACCCUGAUGUCGAAUUCAUCAUCAUACAACAAUUAUACCAAUGGUCCAACAAGAACACACCAAAACUCAUUGUUUAGCAAUCCACAAUAUUCGUAUUUGUACAGUUCGAGAAACAACUCAAGAAACAAUUCAGUUGUUGGUCGUGGUGGUGGUGGUGUUGGUCCAAUGACUGGGUUACCUGAUAAUCAUCCAGUUCCAGCAGCUGUACCUCAAAGAAGAUCAUCUUCGGUGACAUUGAUAAAUAAUAGUCAAAAUUCAUCUCAAAACAGAACAAACACCAACAACGGUAAUAGUAAUGGUGGUGUGUCUUAUGGCACCCAUCAAAUAUCGCAACCAAAGAGAAAUAAUUCAAUUGCAACUAAAUUUAUGAGUAUGUUUAGAGGUGACAGUCAGGAAUCUAGUAACCUGUCCAAUGGUAACCAAUAUGAAGAUAUGGACUAUAAUGAUGAAGGGGACGAUAGUGACUAUGAUUUUUCAAAUACAGAUGAGUUUGAUAACAACAAUGGUGCAACCACAAUGAUGCGUAAAGCUUCAACGACCAAACUGCACAAGAACAGUCAUACCACUAAUAUGUCAAGAAGACAAAGUUUGUUUGGCCAUAAUAAUAAUCAAACACAAGCACAAGCUCCAGAAGAACCCACCUAUAAACCAAAAGCGGGACCAUUGGCAACAAUGGGAUAUAUCGGAGGACAUCCAAUGACAAAAUCCAACAGUUUUGAUCAAACCAAAUCACAGCGAACCAAAUUAAAGAACAAAUUGAAAAUGAGAUUUACUAAUGAACUGCGAAGAUUUAGUGAACAGUUUGAAGUUGUUACUGAAAAUGUCACAAAUGGUCAUAAUGGCGAAACCCAAACGAUACAGUAUACGCAAUCGCAAAUGGUUGGGCAUGGGUCAUUUGGAGUUGUGUUUCAAACACAAAUCAUGCCAAGUAAUGAGAUAUGUGCUAUGAAACGAGUACUUCAAGACAAACGAUUUAAAAAUCGUGAAUUACAGAUUAUGAAGUUGGUUCAUCACCGAAACAUUGCUGACUUGAAGUAUUAUUUUUACACCAACAAUGACAAGAAUGAAUUGUAUUUGAAUUUGAUAUUGGAGUUUGUUCCCGAAACCCUUUACAAAGCUAGUCAUUACUAUGUUUCCAAGAGAUUGAGCAUGCCGCCUUUGGAAAUCAAAUUGUACACAUAUCAAAUGUUUAGAGCAUUAAAUUAUAUUCAUUCACAAGGAAUAUGUCAUAGAGAUAUUAAACCACAGAAUUUAUUGAUUAAUCCAACCACGGGAGAAUUGAAAUUGUGUGAUUUCGGUUCAGCCAAAAUAUUGAAUCCACUGGAACCAAAUGUUUCUUACAUUUGUUCAAGGUACUAUCGUGCGCCGGAGCUAAUUUUUGGAGCUACAAACUACACCACUAAAAUCGAUGUAUGGAGUGCUGGAUGUGUAAUGGCUGAAUUGAUUCUUGGACAACCAUUAUUUCCUGGUGAAUCGGGUAUUGAUCAAUUGGUGGAAAUAAUCAAGAUUUUGGGUACUCCGUCAAAGGAACAAAUCAAGAGUAUGAAUCCCAACUACAUGGAACACCGCUUCCCUCAAAUCAAACCAAUACCAUUGCACAAGAUUUUCAAAAAGAUGGCACCUGAUUGUAUACAGUUUUUGAUUAAAGUAUUACAAUAUAGCCCAUUGGAGAGAAUCAGCUGUAUUGAAGCCAUGGUCGAUCCAUAUUUUGAUGAAUUGCGCAAUGAAUCGACUAAAUUACCCAAUUAUAGAAAAUUAUUUUCACAACAGUUUCAUCAUAGUACGGCUGGCUCAUUAGGUGGCCCCACAUCGCAUUCAAAUGCAGCUCAAUAUCAGUUGUAUGAUUCUCAACCCGAUAUGAAGGAUUUACCUGAAUUGUUUGAUUUUGAUGAUCGAGAAUUGAGUGUUGCUCCACAGUUGAAUUCAGCAUUGAUUCCAUCAUGGGCAUGGAAUCAUUUGAAUUUAAAACAAGGACCAAUAAACAACUUGAAUGAGUUUGUACCAAUGACGAAAGAGGAGUUAAAAGUUACAUUAGAAUAA